AUCACAAAAUGUGGGGACUAGAGUAUUCUUAUAUGCAUAAAUAUCAUAGUUUCAAUGCCACUUCUCUCCACAUUCCACAAAUAAAAAUCCAAUUCAAACACAAAUACACUAUGACAGCAUCUCAAGAAAUUUCAAGUUUAGAACUCUUAAGGCAACAUCUCUUAGGUGAUAAUAAGAAUAAUGUCUUAGAUUCAUACUUCACUAGCACCACCAAUCUCAUUCCUCUAGUGAAAAUUGAAGAAUUAGAACACCCUUUGGAAUCACCAAAACUCGACUACCACCAAUUCUUGGAUUUGGAUUCAUAUUUCUUUGAACAAAGUAGUAGUAGCUUUGAUGCUAAGGAAGUUGCUGCUGAUCAAAACAAUGUCAUUAUUGCACAAAGCCCCACGGAGGAAGAAAUAAUCAAGAAUUCGGAUACUUCGGUUGAACCAACAAUGUUGGAGUCUGUGGGAGAGAAGGUAGAAGCUACGUUUAGGCACUACAGAGGAGUAAGGAGAAGGCCGUGGGGAAAGUUCGCUGCUGAGAUUCGCGAUCCGGCGAGAAAAGGCUCGAGAGUGUGGCUAGGCACAUUUGAUACCGAGAUUGAUGCUGCUAAGGCUUAUGAUUUUGCUGCCUUUAGGAUGAGGGGUCAAAAAGCAAUUCUCAAUUUUCCUCUUGAGGCUGGUGAAUCUGAACCAAAGCCUAAUGUUUGUGGUAGGAAAAAGAGAAGAGUAGUGUAGAGAGAAUUGAUAUUCAACUUCAUCGAGUAAUGUUAUUUGAACAUAAUAUUUUGUGAAUAUUGUAUUGAUAUAUUUUUGUGAACAUGAACAUAUAUCUGCCACAAAUGUUAUGUACAAAUAUCAUUUUUCAAUGAUUGCAUUAUCUUCUCCUUUUCAGCUUUUAUAGGUUAUAGUCAUUCUUUACUUUUGUUUGCUAAAGAAAUGUGCAAUAUGUACUAAAAUUUUCCAUGAAUGUGCAAUUUAGUAUUUUUGUGAA